AUGGCGCACAGUUUGUCCCAAUCUGAGGAAGCUGCAUCUAUGCAGCAAAUGCUGCAACAGCUAUUGCAGCAACAACAACAGCAGCAGCAGCACCAAGAGGAAGUCCAAACAGAAGUUGGACUUCCUUUAUGGAGAGCUGCAAAAGCAGAAGGAGCAGCAGCAGCAGCUGGAGCUGGUGCAACCAGAGCAGCCAGAGCAGCCACCAGAGCAGCCAGAGCAGCCACAGCAGCUGUUCCGAUGCGAAGUCGUGCACGCAUAUACGAUACCAUUAAGACGUGUCACAGGACAAUGCAGAUCGUAAAUUUGCUUGUCCCACCGUAUCUACGUCAAAGACUUCCUGGCGGCACGCGAGAAAACAUGAAGAAACGUGUUCGCGGAAACACUCUUCUCCCGUCCCCGCUAAGACCAUCACCCAAAUCGCUUAUUGGUCCAUACGGUGCCCUUCUUCAAGUCAAAGCACGUCAAUUCGCGGUUCAUCAUCGAAUCGCAAUGCUAUUGAUCUUAUUGACCACAAACCCUUUAACCACAAGGACCUUACGCGAAGCCGCGGUGUGCGUGUCAGUGUGCAACGCCACCAGUUUUCCACAGAACAUUUUGGUGCCUCCUGUGAGGUCUUCGGAACUCACCACGUCAUCAGAAGCGUCAGACAACGAAGCGAAGCGGCCGAGCGGUCAGGGCCGGGCGGUCAGAGUUCAAGGACAAAUUCACGCGAAGGGUCUUUCGACGGGAGACGUCGAGCAUCGAAGCGGACGGAUUCAAGCGACGGGUAACACGCGAGUCAAACCGACUUGA